AUGGAUGCACCUCAAAGCAGAGAUACAACGACAGACUCUAAGACUGAAGGUCGACGGAGGAUCAGCAAAGUUGGAGGUUUAGUUCUGUGAGUGUCACCUUUUACAGAUGCUGCAUAUCAUCCUCAUCUGGAGGUCAAAUCUCAGUGUGCAGACUCAUCUUUGUCUUUAAAGCCAAAGACAAAAGAAGAAGAAGAAGAAGAAGAAGAAGAAGAAGAAAAAAGAGCGAAGUCCUCCGCUUCACUUCAGCAAACGUAGAGGAGAAAAAACUUCCAAGAAGAUCCAGAUAUCCUGGAACAAAAAGGUCACCGAAUCUGAGGACUCUCAGUGA